GACUCGACCUUCCAAUACAAAUACCGGCAACAGAUCCGCGACCGCUAUAACUUGGAUCAGUUCUGGUGCGACGUAUCCGUCGACGAGUUGGCCCUCUUUGACGACUCGCUGGCCGACAAGCUCUGCAAACAGCCGGUCGAGUACCUGAAGAUCCUGGAGCUCGCGGCCACCGAAGUGGCCGAUGAGGUGACCCGUCCGCGCGCCGACGACACGGCCGUCCAAUCCAUGCAAGUGAUGCUCGCGAGCGACGCCCACCCCAUAGCGCUCCGGGAGCUGAAGUCGGACCAGAUCUCGCGACUCGUGAAAGUGCCCGGCAUUGUGAUCGGCGCCUCCAAUGUCAGGGCGAAGGCCAUCAAAAUGUCUCUCCAGUGUCGCGGCUGUCGCGAGAUUGUCAACGACGUGAACAUCAGCGCCGGCCUCGAGGGCUACCUAUUACCGCGUAAGUGUAACAGCGAUCAGACGGGACGGGCGGUCAAGUGCCCGAUCGACCCAUACUUCAUAAUACCCGACCGCUGCGAGUGCGUCGACUAUCAGCUCCUGAAGCUUCAGGAGGUGCCCGAGUCGGUACCGCACGGGGAGAUGCCGCGGCACCUGCAGCUCUACUGCGACCGCUACCUGUGCGAUAAGGUGGUGCCCGGCAAUCGGGUCACUAUAGUGGGCGUGUAUUCCAUCAAAAAGGUGUCCAAACCGGCGAAAGGGGUGAACGAGUCGAGAGCGACGAUCGGCAUACGGGCGCCCUAUAUGCGAGUGGUGGGCAUUGAGGUGAACAGCGAGGGCCCCGGAAGGGCGGCGUCCGUGCCCUACACCCCCGACGAGGAGCAACUGUUCCGCCACUUGGCCGCCACGCCCAACAUCUACGACCGCAUCGCCCGAUCGAUAGCGCCGUCCAUUUUCGGCGCCACAGACAUGAAGAAAGCCAUCGCAUGCCUGCUGUUCAGCGGUUCCCGCAAACGACUGCCCGACGGACUCAACCGCAGGGGCGACAUCAAUGUGCUACUGCUGGGCGAUCCGGGAACAGCUAAGUCGCAGCUGUUGAAGUUCGUGGAAAAGGUGGCGCCUAUUGGUGUCUAUACGUCGGGCAAAGGCUCGUCGGCGGCCGGUCUCACGGCUUCCGUAGUCAGAGAUCCCGCUUCGCGCAAUUUCGUGAUGGAAGGCGGCGCUAUGGUGUUGGCCGACGGGGGCGUCGUGUGUAUCGACGAGUUCGACAAAAUGCGCGAAGACGACAGAGUGGCCAUACAUGAGGCGAUGGAGCAGCAGACCAUCUCCAUAGCCAAGGCGGGCAUCACCACAACGCUGAACUCCCGGUGCUCGGUG